GCUGUAGUGUGUGCGCUGUUUGUGGUGCUGAAGCUGCGCGUGCCUCGGAGGCUGCUACCAUAGAAAUCCACUCGAGCAUCCUUCCGCGAGAGGACCAGCGCGAGGAAUCAGAAUCAGGGGUGUUUUGUCGACGGGUUGGGAGAUUUCAGGAUGUUUGUGCCAGCUGUUCUAGCCUUAUUCGUGUCUUUAUAGCCGCAAACGUCCUUUAAAUUUGUUUUAUUCUUCAAGCACAAGCCGGAGACGUUUGUGAAGCAGUUUUCUGAGGCUGUGUGUCGAGGCUCGUCGUGUCUCCGGUGCCGCCGCCUGCCCCGCCGUCUCUGCCGCUCCAUCCCGCAUCCUUUAUGCACAGCACGCUGCUCCGGUCCUCUCCAGCGAAACACACCUUCGUGUCCGAGCACCAUGGCCCGCUGCCGCCGCUCUCACUGAGAGACAUGGAAGCCAAGCAACACCCGAUAAAGAGCCUCAAAAGCUACCCGGAAACCGGCGGCCGGAGCCUGGCAGCGGCCGCCGGAGGAGACGGAGGAGGAGGCGGCGGGUACCGAGCCGGCUCCGCUGAAAUGGAGAUGGAGGCGAAGAUCCAGAAAGCCAUCGACUUCAAGGCGGAGGGGCACCGCUGCUACAAGGAGAAGAAAUUUCGGGAGGCGAUCGGCAAGUACCACCGGGCGCUGCUGCAACUCAAAGGGGUGCAUGUUGUCGACGGGACGACGGGCUCCGAGGUCAACCUGCUGAACCAAGCCGCCGCCAAGCUGACCGAGGAGCAGCGGAGAGCCGUGGAGAGCACCGAGAUCGAGUGCUACGACAGCCUGACAGCAUGUCUGUUGCAAUCAGAGCUGGUAAACUAUGAGAGGGUGAAGGAGUACUGUCUGAAGGUCCUGAGUCACCAGAGAGACCACUUCAAGGCCAUGUACCGAGCCGGCAUCGCCUUCUAUCACCUGGGUGACUACGAAUGUGCCCUACGCUACCUGCGUGAUGCCAAGAACCGUGAACCCACAGACACCAACGUGCUGCGGUACAUCCAGCUGACAGAGAUGAAAAUGAGCAAGAGUGGUCAGCGGGAACGAGAGAGCGGCAAAGAGACCCAGGGCUAACCCCUCGACCUUUCCACCCUCCUGACCCCUCAGCCUUUGACCCCGUACCGACCCUCCCUCUGUCCUCCUCUAUCGACUCCUGACAGCAGCACAGCCCACAGACAGAAGAGACAGACCCAAUCACCCACCAGUGAUGGAUAAAAACGGGAGACAUAUCAAGCUCUGUCUGCAACCCGACCUCCUUUUCCUCCUCUUCCCUCUUCUUCUCCCAUUUUUCUCCCUCAGGUGCUGUGGUUCCUCUCCCCAGACGCAGACAGUUGAGCAAACCUUAAAAAAAAAAUCAACAAAAAAUGCUGUAUUAUACUCAUACGAAAGUCAUCGUGGUGGAAUGAAAAAGGAGCUUCAAAACAUACAUAUGAAUAAUGGACAUUUGCGUGAUUUAGUAAAUGUUUUAAAGACAUAAAAUGAAUUUUGUUUCUGCUCUCUUGCUCUCUCUUUUUCUCUCUGCCUUCUCUCUGUCCAUCUUGUUUCAAAUUCUUGAGGACACCAUCGGGGUUGGGAAGCUCGACCACACCAGGAGGAGGGCAGGAGUGUGUGUGUGAACAUAAGCAGAGGAUAGUGAGGGGGUGUGUGUGACACAUAUCAAGACCAUAGCCCAAUUUGAUUGUACAUCCUACCCCGACAGGGCUCACUCAGGCCCCUUUACGCAGACUAUGGGACAGACUAGCACGGGAAAUCCUUCAUCGAGUAGAGAGAACGCCUGCCUCUGUGCUUAAUCUAUCGCUCUACUGUCUCACUUUUCUUUUUUGGAUGCCAUGUAUCUCAGUUUCUGGACUGUUUUUUCAAUUCAAGGGCUAAUUCAAGUGUUUGUAAGCCGUUACUUGGGUUUUUUAAUUUGCUUUUGUGUUGAUCAUACUCAGUGGUAGUUAAUUAAGAGCAUCUGUGUCUCCAGCGGUUCCUGCUGUCAUCAGGCGUGCUAUUGUGGAAACUGGUGUCUUGAAUCUGUUGUCCGAAGCCCCUCCUGGGUCGUGUGUCGUUGUUGAGACUGUCGAAAGCCCCUCCCUCCCUUCCCCUCCCCCCGCCUCCCCUCUGUUCUCCCCGUUAAUGAUGUCACAAGGGAAAAUAGCCAAUGGGAUCGGAGUUCCAUCAACCGCCGUUGGCUGGAUGGAAAUCCACUUUAAAGUUUCACAGCGAGACAAACACUUUAAAAAUUUCUAAACAGAGGUCCAACCUUUUAUCACUAAUGCUGAAGCUUCCCAGACAUCGAUAACACACCGAGGAGACUCUGGGCAGCGUUAGUGCAGGGAAAACAAUCACAAACAUACACACAUCUGUCCUGACAGUCCAGACCACCAUCUUGGAGCACUCAGCUUUAGUGCACUUCAACAAGAGUGAGCCAUUUGAGAUUUCUUCCUCUUUUAAUUUGUUGAUAGAUUAAAAAAUGGUUCCAAACAUGGAGCUGUAAGGACAGAUAACACAGAGCAUUAGCAUUCGAUAGCACUACUGAUGAUAUGGUUUGUGGAUAUCCAUGGCUAGCUGUCGAAAAAAACACAAAUAAUUUGCUUCUCUUGUGACUUGUGAAACCGAAUCAUUAAUAAUGCAAAUAUUGCUUUUAUGAUAGCUUUGCCACAGGCUUAAAUCUGCCUGCCCUGUUCUGCAGAAGGUUGGAUUGACGAUUUGUGAAAGCAUGACCUUCCCCUUCUCUCUGAUGCCAUGAAAACCCAAUCUCCUCUCCCCCAUGUGCAAGCCCACCUCCUGCAUGUAACGUGCGGCUCCAGAGAGUUACUCCAGAUGUAUGGGAUAGGAUUUAUAUCUGCUGUAUUGCUUUCUGUCAUGGCAUGCUGCCACUCUGUUCUCUCAUACCUCUAUUUUAUCCAUUCUGCCCUUUAUAAACACAGACAGUGGCGACAGACUGUGAUCACAGCAGUAGAAUAGAUAUCAAAUCAAUCUAAAAAAAAAGUCUUUAAUAAAUCAGGGUCACCUUCUGCCUCAGCCAAGGUGAAAGAUGAGAGGUAAUUCCACCGCUUAACAUAUUCAAAAAAGAUGUGGAAGAAGAAGUCAAAGAAAGUUGCUGUAAAAGAUUUCCCCUUCCCAUUUUUCUCAGUGACCUGCUAGGAGGUAAAUAGGGACCUAAGUGUGUCAAUGGGACUCUGGAGAGACGGCACCAUGCGUUGAGGGGACCGGCAUGAUACAGAGGGGCUCCAGUGGAGGGAGAAGUAGGCCAUCAUCAGCCCCAGUAAAGCAGCUGCAGCUCUGAGUCACUCCGGCAGCAGAGACACAAGAUUACAAACAGAAAAGUUUAGAGCUGUGUAUACGGCUGAAAGUAUGUGGACCCCUGAGCAUCAAACCCAUAUAUGAUGGCUCUACAUCUCAUACUAAAGCCUCAGGUAUUAAUCUGCUACUGUAAAAAUGUCCACUGUUCUGAAUCACUAUAAAGUGCAAACACCUCACACUCUGAUUUCAGACAUUCAGAUCAUUUUUAUGGAGGUUGCUCAGUGGCGCACGAAGACAAAAACGAUCAACUGCUGCAUAUAAAAUUACCAUGAUGAUCGGUGCUGCUUCAUUGGUCCCUCAUCAUCAUCUGGCCCAUAGAGCAAGCACACUUGGGACUUCCACCAGCUCAGCUGGCUACUUCCGGUUUAGCGUUCCGCUAACUUAAAUUGGAGUCAUUUCACAGCGGUUGUAAUGCUAAAAAAAAUGUAUCCACUGGUUUACAGAUGUCUCUUUUACUAUGUAAGUUUAUUGGAAAAAAAAAUAUUUUUUGGCCCAGUGGCAUCACGUGACAUAUUUGUAAUUCCAUAUUUGGCCACUGUGAAAUUUGGCUUCAGAGCCUGGCACUCUUCCUGGUGGACUGGUCCAAAGCAGUACAUUGCUUAGCUUCUGUGCUGGUACAGUAGAUUUGGUUUACCAAAGACACUAGCAAAGCUACACAGUACGUAAAAUAAGCACAGCAGGAACUUCAGAUUGGUCCAGCCACCCAGUUUAACUAUAUAUCUUUAAACAUUACAAAAUGACAACAGAAAUCAUCCAGUUUAGUGAAUUCACAUAUCUGCACAAAUGAAAUCAGUUGCUAGUUGUCUACCCAGAAGUGACUGUUGUUAGUGUGACGUCAUGGUGAUUCGGUCCAUGCUGUAUUCCUGGUCUUGAUAGCUGUGUUGCAGGAACAUGAUGACUUAAAGGAAAAGUUUGACAUUUUGGGUAAAAAUUCUUAGAAAAAGCUAGAGCCAGCAGCUGCUUAGCUUAGCUUAGCACAAAGACCAGAAACAGGGAAACAUCUAGUCUAACUCUGUCUAAAAACUCCACCUUCCCACCUCUUUUGUGCUCACUAAUUAACACAGUAAUUGUUUGAGUAAUCUGUACUAAAAUUGACAGAAAGCGCAACAAAUCUCUCAAAAUAUUGAACUACACCUUUAAGUUAUCUAACAGUUCUCAUACAGUUCUUAAAUAUCAUACACAAGGUAGCAUGUCAAGAACACUGAGACAUAAUAAACAUCUGAUCCUCCAGCUCUGGGGUUGAGGCUCUGGUAUCCCAGAGGAAAUAUAUCAACAAACAACAGCGAGGAACAGCACCUGCAGGCUCGGUCUCCAUGGCUGCCUGGGCUGAGUCUACUCACCCAUGGGCCCCUCAGGGAUAGGUCUUCUCCCGUGGUCCUCUCUCCAUGGCACCAGUCGCCAUCUUGUUUUUGUCUGGCUGUGCUAAGUCAUUCUAGCUCAACGUGUGCUACGACCGUCUAGGGACAACUAGCUGCACAUAAAACAGGUUCAUUUCUGGCUGAUCAGUUCUUGAUUAAUGGCAGAGCUGACUCCGAGGCUGUUAUUGUGAGCAUAAUCUGUGCAAAUAGAGAUAGAGACACCCGAUCUCUGCAUAAGUGUAGCUUUGAAAACAAACAACAAAAAGCACAACGAAAAAAAAAGAGACGGAAAAGUCAAACUACUGGCUGUGUUAUUUUUGCUCUUUGCUUUAAUGUCAUUUGAGGUAAAUGUUUGUCAAAUGUCAGAGUAGUUUUUGUGAAUAUAUGAUACAAAUGUACAAAAAAAUAACAAAAGUGGAAAGUUUUAUGGUUGUGAAGAGCUUUACUUUACUGAAUUACUUUAUCAGCGGAAAAGAAAAGCAAGAGAUAGAAAAGAGAAUUUUACUCUAGCUCCUCCACAGAGCUGCUUCGUGACUGUGUCUGUAUUUGUUGGUAUUUCUGUUGAUGUCCCUUUUCGUCAAGGGAUCCGGAACCGGCUCAGAGUAUGUGCAAUGCCCUUUGACUCCCCCGUCUGAGUGACCUUUGACUCUUCUGUUUCCGCACAGUAAAACAACCAGUAAAGCAGGAGUGAACUCUGAGCGCAGAGCCGCUCCUCACAGCCACACAUCUCCCCCUGGUUUGUUUCUGUGGCGAUGGAGGGGGAAAGAAAGGACAUGAAGCUGGGGACGUCAAGGCUAUGACUGCGUUUUUGUUCCGCCUCGCUCCCAAGAGGCCUUUUUGCAUUCGACAUCCAAACAUCACAGGCCUCCAUCACUGGUUUUACUGAACUGCUAGCCCGGGAAUGCACUAUUGAUUGGUAAAUGAAGAUUAUGAAUAAAGUUUCAAACA